AUGCCAAUUGCGGCGAUAGAGUCACUUGUCGAGUUAAUAAAACAUAGCAAAGCUACCACGCUGACGGAAUUCAUGGAAUCUUUGAAAGAUGCUAGUCAAAAACUUAAAUCAUCCGUAAAAAAUUCAAUUUCAUUAUCAGCUGGUGCUGAUUUGUUUUUAAGGUUCGUAACAGCACUAUUAACAUAUAUA